AUGAUCCGAACCAUCGCCCGAUCUACCCGAGUGGCCCGACCCGCCACCCGAGCCUACUCUACCGCUCCCCACCCCGUCGCUGUGCCUCCCGCCCCCACCAAGAUCCAGCCUGCCGCCAACUACUCUGCCCAGGCCAAGACCGCUGCUGUUGAGAACGCCGCUGCCAACACUGCCAACAACGCUGCCAACACCGUGAACAACGCUGCCAACAACGCCGCCAACGCUGCCUCCAACGCUGCCUCCAACGUGUCGUCCGCUGCUCAGGGAGCCUCCACCGGUGCCCAGGCCACUGCUAAGGCUGCCCAGGCCGGAGCUACCAUCGGCUCUUCUGCCCAGAAGCUCAAGCCCCGAAAGAAGUCCAGCGUGCGAGGAACUCUGCUCGGAUUCCUGCUCGGCACCACCCUCACCGGCUUCGGCGCUUACUCCUACCUGGUGGACCAGUACCGACAAGCCAACAACGUGAUCAUUGCCGACGUCAUCGCCCUCAACGGAUCCAUCCGAAACCUCGAGGAGCAGGUCAAGCAGUUGCAGCUCAAGAAGGAUUAG